CUCUUUCUCCCUCUAUCUCCCUGCGUUGGGACCACGGUUGGGACCAGCACAGCGGCAGCGGAGUGGCGGCCAUCUUGAAUACCUGAGCCUCCGCAUUGCUCGCUCCUUGAGGGCAAAAGGUAUCUCGGCAGGAGAGUGAGAGGAGGGGAAACGGGCCCCGGUAUACCGACGCAGAGGGUCAAAGCUACAUCGCCGAUGGGGUAACAAGGACGGAAGACAUCUCGCCGAAGAAUGCUCUGCGGCAGGGGCCUGGGACCGCCAGUCGAGUCGGGUCAGUCCCCAAGAAAGGUGAUUUCGUCAAGGCCCACAAUUGUCGGACCCACGUUUCACGUGUCAAAAAAUGUCGCCUUUCUUCAACGGAUACGGGACAUCGCGAGCCGACGAAAUCUGAGCGAAUAUUAAAUAAUAGAUUUCACUAAUUCUGAACGCGACUAGUCGCGUUAUCGCAGUUCUAUCGUUCGCCAAACUAAAGCCGACGCGGAAAUACCAGGUGGAAAUUAGAUUGAUAAGCGAAACGUAAAAUAACGAACUACCCCUUUUAAUUACAGUGUGCUGUGAAAAGUGAUACGGAUAUAGCUUCUGUGAUACCGACAAUUUACAGUAUCCAAUUUCGGAGCGUUUUUAAUCGCACUUUACGAUGGAUUGCAGGUGUUGUUGUCGCCGGUAACAUACGAGGAUGUUGCUUGGAGUGUGUUACGAGAAAACUCCUUGGUGACGGUUAAAAGAAACUGUGCAAUCGACCCGCAGCAAUUGGAUAUUAAAAAUUUACCUCCUUUGUUAUUUUUUAUCUCCUUGCCUUUUUUUCUUUUUCAAUUUUUUUCUUUCUAUUUGUUUUUUUCGUGUGUGUGAAUUUUAUUCGCGGAGUGGUCGGUGCAAGCGGCAGGCAAUUAAUCACGUUCGAUCUCCGAAAUCCCAUCAGCUAUAGAUGUAACAAAUCAAACAGAAAAAAGUCGAUUAAAAUCUUGUACAGGAGCUCGGUGCGGGCUGAAUUAAUAAUUUUUCCUACGGAUUGCAUCGAAGGUUACGCGCUUCGAACGGAUGCUUAACAAGAAUAUCUGAUAAUCCAUAUGCUCGGCGUUCGAAAUACUGCCCAGCUAGUAAUAAAUUGAGAGAUGAUCCCACUAAUACCGUCGCAGUUCGCCUCGGCAUUAACGUAUUCUUAUUACACGUUCGACGACGAGAUUAAUGCCGAUUGAAAAUGAGUCAGUUAUACGAGGACUGAGUUAAUCCGGCGAUCGUGAUCACGCGAAACGCGAUCGGAAUCCCUUCGUCCAUCGGCGGUCCGUGAAAACAAACAACCGGUAAAGCCCUAGGUGAUCUACGGCGAAGCUCGAACAUUACACUAAAUUUUUCGGGAAUAGUCUUUCGGAGCAUUGCCUUAGUUUAUGGGUAGAGCGAUUAAUCGUUUGAAAGAGCAUCUGCCGUGAGUCGGAAAUACCAUUAUAAGAUAGGGGGCGAAUUGAUCUUGGCUCCUAGACUCUUGAAAAUCCCAUUAAAUAGAGAAUAAAAAGUAGAAAUAAAAAUAAAAAAAAAAAAAAAACUGAAAGGUGAAGCAAGAAGAGUGUCGGAACGAGCAGACGCGCGAUAGCAGAAGACGCGAGAGCGCGAGGUGCGGCCGUGCUCGUUGCCGGUGGGUCAGUGCCCCCACUCCCUGGGGAAUUCUUGUUCCGUGUUUACUUGAAUUUUAAAACUCCUAUAAAAAGACUGCGCCUACACUGUGCUCGACCGAGCGCGGUAUUCCGCGUAAUUUUCUUACCCGAUGACUAAAUAUAUUGUAUAAAUAGUCGUAAAAAUUAGUAAGAUGUUCAUCGUCCGGAGGAAGGGAACCUCCGUUGUAAAUUGAUGCCCAAUAUAAACCUCAGAUUGCAGUUGCGUAAUCGUAACAAUGCCGUUAACGUGACGGAGGAGCUGACGGGGUACCUUAGAAACAAUGAGAGACCGAUACCCGGUGAUAAUGAAGUGCGACAGGUAGUAUCGCGUUGACUUUGUGCCGGGUGUUUUUCACAAACACUGCAGUGUAUAUCGAACGAGUGGUUUCGGGGGUGAAGCGAUGGACUCGUUAACAAGACUUUUAGUCCUAGCGUUGGCGCUGGGGCUUCUAAUCACAGCUGAUAAUGGCGUCUGUGAGGCCCAAGAUAUCGAGAAAUACGUUUCCCGGUAUGUCGCGUCGAGUUUGCCGCAAAAAGUUGCUCGCCUAUUCCCAAGAAGAUCACCCAUGUUACCGCAGGACGGUUCCGGCAUGGGUCUGGCCAUGCAGAGCAGAGCGGUGGAUACCAGAGUCCAGCUAGAAGUGAGCGAGGGUGAGCCGACGGGGACUCUGGUCGGUUCGAUUCCCGUCAAACCCGAGUUCACCUACAGAUUCAACGAACCUCCCCAGGAGUUCACGCUGGACCCGGACACGGGUGAGAUUCGUACAGCGAGAGUCCUCGACAGAGAAGCUUUGAGCAGCGACAGAUAUGAUCUGGUGGUCUUGUCCAGCCAGCCAACGUAUCCGAUCGAAGUGCGGAUAUUGGUAUUGGACGUGAACGACAACGAUCCGGAAUUUCCGGAACCCGGAAUAGCGGUCACAUUUUCGGAAUCCGCAGCCGCCAAUACGAGACUGCUGUUGGACGCGGCGACCGACAAAGACACCCCGGAGAACGGAGUUGCCGACGAUUAUUCGAUCAUCGACGGCAACACCGAUGGAAAAUUUCGUUUGGUCGUUACCGCGAAUCCCACCGGCGAGACGUCCUACCUCCACCUGGAGACGACGGGGAAACUCGACAGAGAACAGGUGGAGUUUUACUCGUUGAACGUGUGCGCCAGGGAUCGCGGAAGACCCCCGAGGUUGGGAUAUCUUCGGGUGAACGUAACGGUUCUCGACGUCAACGACAACCCGCCCAUAUUUCAACAGAGCGAUUACGUGGUGGCUCUGAACGAAAGUGCACCCGCCGGAAGUCUGGUACUUACGGUUCACGCCACGGAUAAAGAUCUCGGCGACAAUUCGAAGCUUACCUAUUAUCUCCCCGACACGGAAAGGCAGUUCACCAUCGACCCGGAAACUGGAUCUCUGGCGACUACCGAGCCCUUGGAUUGCCCGCAGCAGAGUUGCAACUUGACUCGUCCCGGCGGUAGUUGUCCGAAAAGUUGCGUAAUCACGGUAUUCGCGAGGGAUCACGGCUCCCCGCGUCAGGACGGCAGAACCUACGUCACCGUUAAUUUACUCGACGCGAACGAUCAUGAUCCUGAGAUAAAGUUCAGCUACUUUCCGACGACCGCCGGUUUCGCCACGGUCGACGAGAACGCCGUGAGAGACUCGAUAGUCGCCGCGGUGGCUGUAAUCGACAACGACGAGGGUCUCAAUGGCGAAACGAACGUUGAAAUACGGGCGGGUAAUGAACUGGGUCAUUUUCGUUUGGACAACACGCAGAGCUUCGAUAUAGUCAGAGUGAAUGGGAGGCUGGACCGCGAGGAAAUUCCCAAGUACAAUCUGACCGUAGUGGCCACCGACAAAGGGUCACCGCCCAGAUCAGCGACUGCCUACCUCGUCAUCCACGUGAACGACGUCAAUGACCACGAGCCGGUGUUUCAGCAGAGCGAGUACUCAGCGGUAUUAUCGGAAUUAUCUCCCCCGGGAAGUUUCGUGGCCAGUAUAUCGGCAACGGACGCCGACUCGGGGUUAAACGCCAGGAUUUACUACGACUUCGACUCUGGAAACGAUCAGGGCUGGUUCGCGAUCGAUCAGGAUACCGGUUUAGUCACGACGAAGGCUACUCUAGACAGGGAGAUACAAGGUAGCGUGGAAUUGCGAGUCUCCGCAAGGGAUGGUGGACCGAAUCCGAAGUACGCCUCCACUCAUCUCAGGGUUACCGUGCUCGACGAGAACGACGAGACACCGAGAUUCGCGGAGGCCGUCGUUCGCGUCACACUGUCGGAGAAUACACCACCUCACAGUCUCGUGGCGACGCUGACAGCGGUGGACAACGACCAGGGUACCAACGGCAGUGUGGCCUACAGUCUCCAUCCGAGCGUCUCGAGGGAUUAUCCGAAAGCCUUCGCCCUCGACGCUUUGUCCGGUCAGCUGACCACGAAGACGUCGCUGGACAGAGAGAUGGUGGCGGAAUACGCGAUAUUGGUAGUAGCCAAGGACCAAGGAACACCACCGCAAUCGUCCACCGCCACCGUUCUAUUGACCGUCGAAGACGUCAACGACAACGCACCGAUAUUCUACCCCCAACGCUACCUGUUUCCGGUGCCCGAGGACGCGUCACUGGGUACUUCCGUUGGUAAGGUUACCGCGACGGACGCCGAUGCCAGAGAGAACGCCCAGGUCAGAUAUUCGAUCGAGUCAGGUGGCGAAGGACUUUUCCUGGUCGACGAACGCACCGGAGAUCUGACCCUCCAGGGUUCUCUGAGGGCAGCUAGAAAGACUCUUUACGAACUGACGAUAUCGGCCAGAGACACGGGUGACAAAAAAGCCGCGAGAGACGCGAUCGUCGAGAUCCUACGCGAAGAGGAUCUCGAGCAACUCGAAUUCGACACUUACAGCGGUUACGAGUUCCGUGUUCCCGAGGACAGAGGCGAGUGCAGCGACAUGCCUUCCGGUAUCGGUCGCGAUGUCGGUUCCGUACAGGUCGCCAGGUACGGUAACGCCAAAGUCACUUAUUCCAUAGUCUACGGCGACGUCAGGGGCAGUUUCAAGAUCGACGAAAAUUCCGGUACCAUCAGCACCGCGGGGUGUUUGGACCGUGAGCAAAUCGCUUACUACAGUCUCCAGGUAGCCGCACGAGCCGGUCUAGCUCACGCUCAGACUUACGUGAACGUUACGGUAUUGGACGUCAACGACAACGCCCCGAAAUUCCCGAAGGGCGAGCGCGGCGACGAGGUGUCCUUGAAGGAGAACGCCGCUGUCGGUCAGGAGGUAUGCCUGGCCAGAGCUAGGGACAAGGACGCGAGCGCGAACUCCAGAGUGACCUACGCCCUCACGCACAAUCCGGGUGGACAAUUUCGAGUGGCGCCGAACUCCGGCAUCAUAUACUUGGACAAGCCCAUAAGAGCGCCGCCCGGAACGAUCCUGCACGUCGAGGUGACCGCAACGGACGCCGGAAGCCCAUCGCUGUCGGCGCAGCAUCAGAUCAGGGUGACGAUCGAGGACGUCAACGACCACACGCCGGUCUUCGAACUCACCAGUUACGAAACAUCCCUGCUGGAGUCGACGCCCGUCAACGAGAGAUUCUUCGCCCUCGUCGCGUCCGACGCGGACCUCGGUCCGAACGGUCGGGUAUUGUACAGCGUUACCGAGGGGAACUCCGAAGGUCGUUUCGGUAUAUUUCCGGACGGGCAGCUGUACGUGAAAAGCGCACUGGACCGGGAGGAACAAGAUUACUACGCCCUCGAAGUGACCGCCAGCGACCAGGGAAACCCGCCGAGGAGUUCGAUGGUACCGGUCGUCGUGCACGUGAUAGACGAGAACGACAACGCGCCGCAAUUCACGAAUUCCAGUUUCAUAUUUCACAUACGCGAGAACGAACCGCCGGACACGUUCGUCGGGAAAUUGUUCGCCAUCGAUCACGACGUCGGCAGAAACGCGGAGUUGACGUUCUCCUUGCCCCAAACCCAGCAAGAUUUCAUCGUCGAUCCAAGAAACGGAUUCAUAAAAUCCCUCCACGUCUUCGACAGGGAAUCCCUGGUCGCGAAUACCGGUGGUAGUUACGUAACGUUGGAGGCCACGGUCACCGACAACGGAAUCAACCGUCUGAGGGACAAGGUCAAGGUCACCAUUUACGUCACCGACGUGAACGACAACGCACCCCAGUUCCAGAGGAUACCGUACAGAGUACAGGUGAGCGAGGGAGCCGCGAUCGGCACCCAAUUGUUGAGAGUUUACACGACCGACGCCGACGAGGGUCUGAACGGCGACGUCUUCUACUCGUUGGAAGUUGGCGAUCAACGCGAGUACUUCGGCAUAGACGAGGCUACCGGUCAAAUUUCUCUGGCUCGCGAGUUGGAUCGCGAAACGAUCGACGCGUACGCGCUGACGGUGGUGGCGCACGACGCCGGUCUGGAGAUACAUCUCUCCUCGAGCGCUCUGGUCCACAUCGAAGUGUUGGACGAGAACGACAACACGCCGCGUUUCGUUGACACGAAGUCAAAGAUUUCCGUCCUGGAGACGACGCCGGUUAAUACGGAGCUGGUGAGAUUCAAGUCCGAAGACGCCGAUCUUGGCGCCAACAGCGAAUUAACGUUCGCGAUAGCGGCCGGUAAUCGCAGGGACGCGUUCCACAUCGACCCUUUGACGGGUGCGUUGUACUUGCGAAAACCUCUUGAUUACGAAGAGUUGGAUAAUUACUCGUUGAACGUAUCGUGCAGCGACGGUGGUCAUCCGCGACUGACUUCGGUGACGACCUUGAAAGUCGUCGUCGUCGACACGAACGACAAUCCCCCCGCCUUUCCGAACACCGCUAUCGUUCGUCAGAUACGCGAAGGAAUACCGGUUCACACACCGAUCGUCACGGUGACCGCCGAAGAUCCAGAUUCCGAUGAAAAUGGUCUGGUGAACUACGCGAUCGCUAGCCAAGACCCAGAGGAUCAACGGCGCCAUUUCGGUAUCAAUCCUUCGACCGGCGUGAUCCAUACCCUGCUGCCGAUCGACCGUGAAGAAGUCGACACUUUCAAACUGGUGGUGGUAGCCACCGACAGGGCACAGCCGAUCUCCAAGCGACUGUCCGCCGAGAAGUUGGUGACCGUGAUCGUCGAAGACGUCAACGACAACGCGCCAAUAUUCGUCAGCAUGUCGGCCGCCGUCUUGCCAUCCAGAGGUAAUUUGAACUACCAACCGGGGAAGGAGGUAUCGGUGGCGCAACUUCUCGCCAGGGAUUUGGAUUCCAGUACGAACGGUUUGGUGACCUACGAACUCCUGCGAUCCGGUCCGAACUACGCGGAUACUUUCAGGGUGCACCGAGGCACCGGACUAUUGACCAUGAGACUUCCGAGGUCGUUGGACAGCUUCGAGCGUUCUUCGAGGUAUCAGGUGGGGGUGCGGGCGACCGACGAGGCGGUCCAGGCGGAGCGAAGGUCAUCGGAAACUUAUUUGACACUGAUAGUGCCCGGUGAGGAUGACGAGAGACCGGUGUGGGAACACCAAGGUCAAGUGGAGGGUAGUGUGUACGAAAACGAGGCUGCCGGUGCCUCCAUAUUAAAAGUGAGUGCGCGUAGUCGGAGGUCCAACAUUGACCUAGAGUAUUACGUUACAAACGUGACCGCGGCAAGUGGUGGUCCUCAGGUAGACAGGUUGUUCGACGUGGAUACGAAGAGUGGCGUACUAUCCACCGCCGCUGCGUUGGACCGCGAGGCUGGAGUUCUAUGGUACGAGGUUGAAGUUUACGCCAUCACCGUAGGUGGAAAUCGACCGAGCACAACCUCCACGAAGGUCAAAGUUACGGUAUUGGAUAAAAACGACGUUGCGCCUACGUGGGGAGCCGGUCCUUGGAAGUUCGACGUCUCCGAGGAAGCGCCACCCGGUACUCUGAUAGCGGCUCUACGCGCUCACGACCCCGACACCAUAGGGACCUUGAGGUACACUCUGGUACCCCGUCCGGGAACGUCCCACACCGACGAAGAGACGGGUGGAACCAACGGCAAGGAUAACGAAGCGGAUGGCCAGUUCAGUUUGGACCCCUCCACCGGACAACUGAGGCUCGCGGAAGCGCUUGACAGAGAGACGAAGGAAAAAUAUAUCCUCAGAGUUCGUGCGGACGACGGAGUCCAGUACACGGAUGUCACUCUGACGAUCCAGAUAACGGACACGAACGACAAUGCCCCCACAUUCCAGGCCAUGGCUUACUCCUUCGACGUUCCUGAGAACGCCCUAAGAGGAAGUCGCGUUGGCCAGGUGGUCGCCACUGACAUCGACGCCGAAGGGCUCAACAGCCAAAUGAGCUACGCCUUGAUAUCCGACUGGGCUAACGACGUUUUCUCCCUCAACCCGAGCACCGGAGUUUUCACUCUCACCGCCAGUCUUGAUUACGAACAGGUCCAGCAUUACAUCCUCGUCGUGCAGGCGACCGACGGAGGGACUCCGGCUCUUUCCUCCACCGUGACGGUUUAUUGUAACGUCAUCGACUUGAACGACAACGCCCCGGCUUUCGAGUCGGGUCCACACGCCGCGGAGGUUUUGGAGAACGCAACGAUCGGUACCGCGGUGUUAUCGGUCGGCGCUCAAGAUCUGGACUCCGGGGAUAACGGGAGAAUCGUCUACGCCAUCGCAGGGGGUGACGAAAACGGGGACUUUGGCGUCGCCCUUAACGGCACGGUGUUCACGAGGAGAUCGCUGGACCGCGAAACCAAACCACUGUACAAUUUGGUGCUUAGCGCCACCGACUGUCCGAAAGCACCUUAUCGACCUCUUUCGUCUACGGUACAGGUCACCGUGGUACUUUUGGACGUGAACGACGUAGCCCCGGAAUUUAUUUCACCGAAUCAAACGACGAUCAUGGAGAACACGCCGUCGAACACCGUGGUGAUGGCGAUAAAGGCCGUUGACCGUGACGAAGGUCGUAACGGCUACGUAGAGUACAGCCUCGAGGAACACAACAAGCUUCCCUUCAGUCUCGGUGCCGUUGACGGUCUCCUUCGUGUUUCCGGAGCUCUCGAUCGCGAACACAAGCCCAACUACACGCUCGAGGUGAUGGCCAGGGACAGAGGAGAGCCUCCUAAAUCAUCGUCGACCACUAUCGUCGUAACAGUACACGACGAGAACGACAACUCCCCCGUGUUCGAUCCGAGGUUGUACUCGGCAACGGUUGCGGAAAACGCGAGCAUAGGGGCCAGCGUUCUCCAGGUUUCGGCUACCGAUCUUGACGAGGGUGCGAACGGCAGGGUGCGUUACAGCAUAGCCGCCGGUGACGAUAACCGGGACUUCACCAUCUCCGAAGACGGCGGUGUCAUCAGAGUGGCGAAAAAUUUGAACUUCGAACGGAAAGCGCGAUAUCUUCUGACCAUCCGGGGAGAAGAUUGCGCCGUCGAAGUGGGCGAGACCUCGCGCCACGACACGGCGGAAGUGACCAUUUCCGUAUUGGACAUAAACGACAACGCUCCCGUCUUUCUCGAUUCUCCUUACCUGGCGCACGUUAUGGAGAACAUGGUGCCGCCCGGAGGCGGAUUCGUUAUACAGGUGAAGGCUUACGACGCCGAUACUCCACCCUACAACGACCAGGUGCGAUACUUUUUGAAAGAGGGAGACACGGAUUUGUUUCGCAUCAACGCCAGCACCGGUGAUAUCUUUCUACUCAGAGCUUUGGACAGGGAGAUGGUGCCGGAAUACACGUUGACACUGGUCGCCAUGGAUACCGGUUCUCCUCCGCUCACCGGCUCUGGGAUCGUCAAGGUUGUAGUUCUCGACGUAAACGAUCACAGCCCCGAAUUCGCCAGACAAGGAUACCAAGCUUCUGUAACCGAAAACUUACCAGCCGGAGCCUGGGUCGCCAAACCGUCAGCGACUGACAAAGACGAAGGCCCCAAUGCUCGGAUUCGGUACAGUCUGUUGGGUGAGAAGGCCGAACGAUUCGCCGUGGAUCCGGAAACCGGCGAAGUAACUACCUUGGAACGGCUUGACCGAGAACAGACCCCCGUUUAUCAUUUGACACUGGUUGCCCAAGAUUCGAGUCCCACAGAGCCGAGGGCUGCUGCGGUUAAUCUGACGAUUCUGGUCAAAGAUCUGAAUGACAAUGCCCCGAGAUUUUCCAGUCCGAGGUACACCGCGUACGUUCCCGACGCCACCAAACCGGGUGACUUCGUUUUCGGAGCGAAAGCGGUAGAUGACGACGAAGGUGAAAAUUCCCGGAUAGUCUACAAACUGCAAGGCGAAGAUUUGGGACGUUUCAACAUCGACCCUCACAGCGGUGUUAUCAAAGCAACGCAAGAAUUAGCCGGUGGCGAAACGACCUACCAGCUUCAAAUUCAAGCGACCGAUUGUGGAGUGGAACCAAAAUCUGUUACCGCGGACCUCGUCAUUCAUCUGUGGGGAAAGCAACUGUUUCCCAGUUUCAGAUCAACGGUCAACACCCGAUUCACUUUACCGGAAGACGUGCCCGAAGGAAGAGUCAUCGUAAGACUCAGCGCAUCCACUCCGAAAAUUGGAACAGCUAGCAAUUUGAUAUUCGGAAUGGCUGGUGGGAACGUUGGAGAUGCACUCAGAAUCGAACCACACACCGGAGAGGUUUUAGUUGCUUCUGGCUUCGAUUACGAAACGGCCCCUCACUACGAGGCUUGGGUGGAAGUCAGAGAUUCGGAUACACCGGCCCUUCGCAGCGUUGUUCAACUUCUCGUGAAUGUUACCGAUGCUAACGACAAUGCCCCGCUCAUGGAAGUAGCUAUCUACAACGCCACCGUCCUCGAGGAAGAGUAUCCACCUUUGUUUGUGACGAAAAUUUCUGCCAGAGACGCUGACUCCGGUGAAAAUGGCCAAGUCACCUAUCACCUUGUCGAUGACUUCGAGGAAUCUUUUGUCAUCGAUGAAAACAGUGGAGAAAUUUAUACAAACGCAAAAUUGGAUCGAGAAGAGAUCCCUUCGUACGAGUUGAUCGUCGAGGCUCGAGAUCAGGGUGAACCACAACUGACGGGAUCGGCAACGGUACUGGUUACUCUACUCGAUAAGAAUGACAACCCUCCGAUUUUCACCCGUUUGUUCAGCGUGAACGUGACAGAGAACGCGGAUCUCGGGUCAUUUGUGAUACGGGUCACUAGUUCUGACCAGGAUAUUGGUCAGAAUGCGAAUGCCACGUACAGUUUCACAGAUAAUCCGGGAGGGAAGUUUUCCAUUGACGCACUAAGCGGAAACGUAACAGUUGCUGGACAUCUCGACCGAGAAGAACAGGAUGAAUAUCUUUUGAAGGUGGUUGCUGUGGAUGGUGCAUGGCGCCAGGAGACAUCCCUAACAAUAACGAUACAGGACCAAAACGAUAAUGCUCCGGAAUUUGACGAAGAAUCCUACUAUUUCCAUUUUCCGGAAUUGCAGCAUCGGGUGGCACAUGUUGGCCAAGCGGUGGCAACCGAUCAUGACAAGCAAGGUCCCAACUCCGUAAUAUCGUAUAGCCUACUGCAACCUUCCGAUCUAUUCACAGUAGACCCUGCCACGGGAGAUAUAUUCAGUAAAAGAACGCUGAAGUACAAACACACACAGCAGGAAUCGUCGCCCGAGAACUUUUAUUCAUUAACAGUCGUUGCUACCGAUAAUGGAAAACCACCUAUGUCAUCAAAAGUUGUUAUAUCAGUGAGUGUCGUCGACGCAAACAACAAUGCACCCAAAUUUGAACAACGGUCGUAUCUGUCACCUGUGCCGGAGGGAUAUCCAGUCGGCAAAAGGGUGGUUAUGCUCGAGGCUAAAGACGAGGCUGAUUUCGGAGUGAACGCUGAAAUCGAAUAUAUAUUGAUCAAUGGGAACGGUAGCACAUAUUUCACCGUUAACCAGGCGAGCGGAUGGGUCGUAGUUAGUAAAUCUUUAGCGAAUUUGUCGGUUGGAACGACAUUCAUCCUUAAUGUUAAGGCGGUGGAUAAGGGAGUUCCGCCCCAAAAAGAUGAAGUCACAUUGACCCUUGUAAUAACCGGGGAAAAUCGUCACCCUCCAACUUUCACCGCGCUUAGUUAUCAAGUGAUUGUGCCAGAAAACGAACCAAUAAACUCUACGAUUCUAACUGUGAGUGCCGCGGAUGGAGACGAUGGUCCAAAUGGCUUGGUGCGCUACAAAAUAUCUGCUGGGAACGAACGCAAGGAGUUUUCUGUUCAUUCAAUUACAGGCGCAGUCACCAUCCUGGAACCGUUAGAUUACGAUACGGUGCAAGAAUAUCGUCUUAAUAUCACAGCUACGGAUUUAGGCUUCGAACCAAAACAGGCUACGGCUACGCUGACUGUGACUCUGACCGACAUCAACGACAAUCCACCAGUCUUCAAUCAAACUUCUUACGAAGCAUAUUUACCUGAAAAUUCACCGCCCCAUACUCUUGUUCAUAAAGUCACAGCGACCGAUAUAGACUCGCCGAAGUAUGCAAUCAUCCAGUACAGAAUUCUUGGUGGGAGUGGCAAGGAACAUUUUGAAAUUCAGCAAGAUUCUGGUGUCAUUUUGUCCAAGAUAAGUUUUGAUUACGAAGAAGCUAAUGAAUAUUCGUUGGAUAUCGUUGCUGCCAAUCCAGACUCGAAUCCCCAGAUGGUUGGCUUUACUACAGUUGUUGUGCAUAUCACGGGUGUGAAUGAAUUUUAUCCAAAGUUUAUUCAGCCAGUAUUUCACAUGGAUGUUUCGGAGAGUGCGGAAGUUGGGACAUCUGUAGGAUUGGUACAAGCUACUGAUCAGGACUCUGGAGAAGACGGACGAGUCUAUUAUCUUUUCGUUGGUUCUUCGAAUGAUCGUGGGUUCAGUAUUGGUCCCGAAACCGGUAUUAUCAGUGUCUCGAGGCGACUAGACCGCGAAACACAGAACAGGGUUGUAUUGGCAGUAAUGGCCAAAAAUGCGGGUGGAAUACGUGGAAAUGACACGGACGAAGGACAAGUUAUCAUCUCGAUUCAAGACGGUAAUGAUCCGCCCGAGUUUCUUCAAAAUCUCUACGAAGCCAGCUCUUCUGAAGGUGCUGCACUGGGAACACGGAUUCUGACUGUACGAGCUGUGGACAAAGAUGUGCGCCCCCAAAAUAAUCAAUUCUCUUAUUCUAUAAUCGGGGGAAACAUUGGCCAAGUCUUCAAAGUCGAUCCACAGACUGGUGACAUCGAAACUGCGAAACUGUUGGACCGAGAAACAGUACCGAAUUACGAACUGAUUGUUGGAGCUAUUGAUACGGGUUCACCGCCGCAGACUGGCACAGCAACGGUAAACAUAGAACUCUUGGAUGUGAACGACAAUGGGCCGAUUUUCGAUCCUCCAGAAGUAACAGGAUACAUUAGCGAAAAUGAACCCGCUGGAACCAGUAUCAUGACUCUGAGUGCCAUGGAUCCAGACUUGCCGCCGAACGGAGCACCAUUCUCAUACAGACUAGUCGGUGGUAAGCAGAAAGAUUUGGUUCAGUUGGACAAACAUUCUGGUGUACUGAAGACGACCAGAAGUCUGGAUAGGGAGCUCACACCUCAAUUAGAUCUGGUGGUUGACGUAGAAGAUUCUGGAUUUCCACGAAUGCAUAAUGAGCAUACGAUAACGGUAAUCGUUUUGGAUCAAAACGACAGCCCAUCUACUCCACGUUCCGUUCAUGUAAUGGUCCAUUCGUUCAAUGGUCAGGCUCCUUUAGGAAAAAUUGCCAAUGUUCAUCCAAAUGAUCCAGACACUACUGGUGAUUAUACAUGCAAGAUAUUGCAUGGUGCCAACUCUGGUGUUCUCAGUAUUCCAACAGGAUGUGAUCUGCACACCAACAAAAUUACACCAGGUUUGGGAUAUUCUUUAAGCGUCUCUGGUAACGACGGUAGACAUCCCGAUGUGCUAUCAAAGGUGACGGUUGAAUUCCUGACUUUCACAAAUGUAACAGUGGAGAAUACUGUGACUUUGCGUAUUGCACGAGUCAGCGCUAUGAAAUUCCUGGCCCAAUAUUAUCGGGCUCUGGUAGAUUUACUGCAGACUGAGAUGGACGUUGGGGAUACGCUGACGAUCUACAGUAUCGUGGAAAAUAAUUCCGAUUUAGAUAUUUCCUUAGCCAUCAAAUCACCACAGGGAUACCAUUCAAAAUCUGAAGUGAUAGAGCUGCUAUCUCGGAAACGGGAUGAAAUACGAACUCUUCUCCAAGAAGCAAUGAUCACCGUUGGUUAUUCACCUUGCGAGCAAAUGGCAUGUGAAAAUGGAGGCGCUUGCAGUGAUCAAUUAGUCGUCUACGAAGAUACUAGAAUGACCGAUAGCCAAACUCUGAUCCUGACAUCCCCAAAAGUUCAGCAUGAAAUGAUUUGUAGAUGUCCUGAUGGAUUCACUGGCGACAGAUGUGAGCGACGACAAGAUCCAUGUUCACCGAACCCGUGCUUACUGGGUGGACAAUGUCGCCGCCUUGGUUACGACUUUCAUUGCACCUGUUCUCUGGGUCGAGAGGGUAAAUUGUGUGAACUUGAACGGGGUGAUGCUUGUGCGAGUAAUCCUUGCAGAAACGGUGGAUCGUGUAGAGAAAGUCCGGAUGGCUCCAGUUUCUUUUGUCUCUGCCGAGCAGGGUAUAGAGGAAAUCACUGUGAGGCCGUCACUGAUUCAUGUAGACCGAAUCCUUGCCUGCAUGGAGGUCUCUGCGUUGGACAGAAGCCUGGAUACCGAUGCAGUUGUCCAGAGGGACGUUACGGUCGCCAUUGUGAGCGUUCAAGUUUUGGUUUUGAAGAACUGUCGUACAUGGCAUUUCCAACAUUGGAUGCUAAUACGAAUGACAUCACUAUUGUAUUCGCAACAACAAAACCCAACGCGCUGCUUUUAUACAACUAUGGUCCGCAAACCGGUGGGCGUUCUGAUUUUGUAGCAUUGGAAUUGGUAAAUGGAAGAGCCGUGUUCUCGUAUGGUGGAGCCAGAAGUGCCAUUACAUCGGUCACAAUCAGGGCAGGUGAACCAUUAGCGGACGGCGAAUGGCGAAAAGUCACAGCUACCAGGAAUGGAAGAGUUGUUUCGUUGAGCGUUUCGAAUUGCAGAGAACAUGGUGACUUGUGCGAAGAUUGCAGACCUGGAGACGUUACUUGCUAUGCCGAUGAUAUCGGCCCUACUGGAACUUUGAACUUUCACAACAAUCCACUUAUGCUGGGUGGGUUAGCAAACGCUGACCCCGUCCUAGAACGGCCGGGUCAAGUGCAUUCAGAUGACCUCGUUGGCUGUGUUCAUUCAGUUUCCAUCAAUGGAAGAGCUUUGAAUCUUACCAAUCCCACAUCAUCACGAGGGGUGAAGGCAACUUGUGGAAGGUCUGAACGAAGCCCCUGUGCUAGGGGUAAAGACGACUUUUCAGCGUGUGGUCUCAAUGGAAAAUGUUAUGACAAGUGGCAUCAAGCAGUCUGUCAAUGUGACAAAUUUACUGCACCGAAUUGCCUGGGUGCUCUUGAGCCUGUUAACUUGAGCGAUGGCGGAUACAUCGAAUUCAAGGUCUCGGAAAAGCACAAAAGAAUGCAGCUUUUGGAAUAUCUGUAUGGAGGAUCGACAUUGUGGCAUAGAAAUCGGGUGACUAGGGAAACAAAUGAAGAGAGUAGUCUAUUAACUAUGACUCCAGCCCCUCCUAAGACAAUCGGAUUGAUGUUUCGAACUGUGCGGGCAGAUGGAAUUCUAAUUUAUGCCGCUACCAACAAACAUUUUACAGCUAUUGAGCUACGCAGAGGACAAUUGACUUAUUCAUCGCUGUUGGGCUCUCCAGUAAACAUGACAGGUUCGAUUGAAGGUGGCUUGGCUGAUGGACGUUGGCAUAAUUUAACUCUACAUGCUUACUCGCGUGGUCUUAGACUGCUAAUUGAUGGGGUUUUGACCGGUGAUGAACUGGAUUCAGCUGGCGUUCAUGACUUCUUGGACCCAUAUCUAUCUGUUCUGUCCAUUGGUGGAGUACAGCAAGACCUUUACUAUGCUCAUGAUUCGGUUCCAAAAAGCUUUGAAGGAUGCCUAGCAAACUUUUCGAUAAACAACGAAAUACAACCUUUCAAUGGGUCUGGGUCCGUUUUCAAAGACGUUAUUUAUCAUGGAAAAGUAGGCCUGAGUUGCCGGGGUCCUAUAGGAAUAAGUGCAGCAGCGGCACCAGACCCAUUGAGCAUUGGCAUCACACUGGUCAUCGUGUUUUUCGUUAUCUUAUUAGUUGCCAUAUUGGUCAGCUUUGUGGUUUUCAGACUACGACGGCAAAGUAAAGAAAAAACAGCUCCUUCUGGAGUGAACAAGAGCAAUAAUACCAUCAUGGCAGGCAAUGCUUUAGUAGGACCUGGGAGUGACAGCAUGAUGUCCAGACACGAAAAUACUUAUAUAUCAGACACAUCUGAUCUACGUGGAGUUGGACACAUGGGUCCAGAACUUAUUUCCAAGAAAUACAAAGAACGUGAGAUAAACACAUCAGAACAUAGGUCACAGAGACCAGAUAUCAUUGAAAGAGAGGUGACAAAAUCACCUCCAAUUCGAGAUGAACAUCCUCCGCUACCACCACCAACACAAAGCUCAUUACACUCCCAUGAGCAUAAUCCAGAACCAGAAAUGCCUGAACAUUACGAUCUUGAAAAUGCUAGUUCCAUCGCGCCUAGUGAUAUUGAUAUAGUUUAUCACUACAAAGGAUAUCGUGAUGGAAUGCGUAAAUACAAGGCGACUCCACCACCAAUCGGCAGCUACGCCAAUCAUCAUAAACAUACAGGACAACAACACAGACACACGGGGCCUUUUCCACCAAGGGCAAUGCCACCACCAGCUGUUGGUCAGCCUCCUGGACCAGCCCCAAAAUUACUACAGAGCACUCCACUGGCCAGGUUAUCACCAAGUAGUGAACUGUCUGCGCAACAGCCAAGAAUACUCACGCUACAUGAUAUUAGUGGCAAACCCUUACAGAGUGCUUUACUAGCAACAACCUCUUCGUCUGGUGGAGUUGGAAAGGAUGCCUUGAACUCAAACAGUGAAAGGAGUCUGAAUUCUCCAAUAAUGAGUCAAUUAUCAGGCUCAACUGCGAGUCGAAAGGCUCCCCAGUCGAAUAAUGAAAAUGUCAAUAAUGUUUCGUCAGGCCCUAUGGGGUUAACGGCCGAAGAAAUUGAGAGAUUAAACUCAAGACCACGGACUUCAAGUUUAGUAUCUACCUUGGAUGCGGUCAGCUCAUCGAGUGAAGCAAGAGGUCCCCCAACUCAUGGUCCCUUACAUCUUCAUAGACGACAUACACCCCCACCAGAGAGAUUAGAAAGACGAAACUCCUCAACCACAGAUGAAAGUGGAAAUGAUAGUUUUACCUGUUCUGAAAUAGAAUACGACAAUAACUCAUUAGUUGGAGAUAAAAGAUCAGACAAUUUAUUCAGUAAACCUGACAACGAAGAAGUUCCACCAAGACCCGCAGAAUCCUCACAAUCUUCGAAGCCUCCCCUCCCACCCAAUGUAAAUUACGAUGGCUUUGAUAGUUCAUUCAGAGGCUCCCUAAGUACAUUAGUAGCUUCAGACGACGAUCUCUCAACACACAUGGGAGGGUUGUACAGGCCAACAAAUAACGGCUCACCAUCAGCUAACACAGCUUUAAGCUGGGAUUAUUUGUUAAACUGGGGUCCAAACUUUGAAAGUUUAGUUGGCGUUUUUAUAGACAUUGCUGAAUUGCCGGAUAGUGCCAGUCGGGUACCUAGCACACUCAGAUUGCCAGCUAGUAUACCCAAACCUUCUGAAGAGUAUGUCUAAAGUGACAUUUCAAAUAAUAGAAUAAACUAAUGUAGUUGGACGAAAAUAACUUUUGUCCUAAAGUGGAUUAACUAUAACAUUGUGGAUAAUUAAGAUUACAAAACGAAGAAAAACAGUCAUUAUUUGAACGUAAAACAAUGUAUAGGACAGUUGGGAAUCUGAUAAAAACAGAAGACUGUUCCAGAAAAUGGAGUAAAAACAUGUUGUAAUUAAUCCAAUGUCACAGUGAUAAUUAAUGGUGCACCAUAUAUCUGUAAACUUACAUUCGAAAUACCAAUCACAGUGAUAAGAUACCGUGAUGCUGAACAUCUUGCCAUACAAUGUUCUAUAGGACUCUCUAAGAGAAGAUAUUUAAAUAUAUUAGUUUCGAAACAAAGUAGCUUGUUAAUCAUAGUUCAUGAUUUUCAUCACCUUGUAUCAGGGUGUAUGAUUUUUAGAAACGUAUUUAAAAUCAAUUACAAAUUGAUCAAUUGAACAAAGCUGUUGAAGGAAAUGUAUGAAUGGUUUUGUUCUAUGUUUGAAAAAUUCAAAGUUUCUGACGAUUAAUUCUAGAGCUAAUUUAGGAAUAAAUGUCAUCAUUUUAAAAUUCAAAGCUGACAAAUGUUAUCGGCCUCAAUAUUCGUCUUGAUGACUCAAAGUUGUGUAAUAAUACUAUUGUGAACAAAAUACUCGCCAUUGAGAAAGCGGCGAAUUCUCAUAUUCCUUACAAAAAUCUGGAAACUGCCAUUGUUGCAAUCCUAGCCAUAACAGCGCUCUUGCACAACAAUAACGAAAAAUAUUUUGUUCAAACUGCCAGACUGAUUUUAUAUAUUUUAUGUAAUAUAGCUAUGACGAAAUAAUUUUCAACAAUGUUUCAAUGAAUGUAAAUUAUGAUACUUGUUUUGUAAAUAUAGUAUGAGUGGGAUUGUGUUCUGUAAAAAUAUUGAGUGAAUGUAUAAAAAUCGAUGAAUGGUAUCUGCGACAUUUGUAAUAAAUAUUAAAUUUAUUA